UGUUAGCAAAGAAGAACGUGGUUUGGUUGAUUUUCGUUUGCAAUGACUUUUUUCCGUAAAUUUAUAAAAUUUUUGCGCCCUAUUGAGGAACGUAAAAAUGGUACUUUUGUUCAACCCUCUUUGUACAACAUUAUGGAAAUUAAUGGUAUUAUGGAUAAUUUUCUUCACAAUGCCUAUUUCGUCCGUUGGAAUGACAACAAAAAUGAUGACUAAAGAUUCAAACAAUACAUCAGAGUUACAUGAGAAUUGUCCAGUAAUGUGUCGAUGCCCAACACCAGAAACAGUUGAUUGUAGUCAAGCAAAAUUGACGGAUAUUCCUCAUGAUAUUUCACAGAAGGCAAUUAAUCUUUUAUUGAAUGGAAACAGACUUUCUGAAAUCAGUGAUGAAUGCUUCAGUAUGUGCCCUCGUAUUCAAACUCUAAACUUGAAGGGAAAUGAAAUUUCUGAAGAAACAAUAUCGAAAAAUGCAUUUUAUGCAUUAUCAAAUCUUCAUCAUCUUUAUUUAUCACAAAACAAGCUUCAGAAAAUCCCAAAAGAUCUGCCAAACAGCAUAAUAAGUUUAAAUCUGGAAGGGAAUUUUAUACACGAGGUAGAUGACUUCGCCUUGGCUCAAAAGCAACAUUUACGGCGUCUAUAUCUUCACAAUAAUAAUAUAACAUCUGAAUCACUUAGCAAGAAAGCUUUCAGACGUUUAUUGAAGUUGGAAGAAAUCACCCUUUCCAACAAUUUUAUGCAAGCUAUACCGUUGUUUCCAGAUUAUAUUGAAAGGUUGCACAUGGAAAACAACCAGAUUUCUGGAAUUUCUUCAGGGAUAUUUCGCAAAAAGAAAAAACUGAUAGCACUUUAUUUACAAAAUAAUAAUUUAAUAAAUGAAGGACUGAGCUCAAAAUCAUUCACAGGACUCAAUCGACUUGAAUAUUUGGAUUUGUCAAAUAAUGAAUUGAAAGAAAUUCCGGAAAACAUACCAAAGAACAUCAGAAGAUUACACUUGGAAAAAAAUCAUUUAGAAAAAAUAACACAUAAAUCCCUCGCUGCAUUACAGAAACUGGAGUAUCUGUUACUUCAAUACAAUAACUUAAAUUCAUCAAGUAUCGAUCCUGGAUCGUUUUCCAAACUUCGAAGCCUAAAAACUCUACACAUAUUCACUAAUAAUCUCGAAACUGUUCCAAGUUUUCUUCCUCCGAGGCUUGAAUAUCUUAUACUUUUGUCAAAUGGCAUAAAGAAACUCAAACGAAACACAUUUGCUGGCGCAAGACAAAUUCGAGAUUUGAAUAUGAGAUAUAACAAAAUAACAAACAGUGGCUUAGAAAAAGGAGCAUUUCGUCCUCUUCCAAGAUUAACAACGAUAGAUUUGUCAGGAAAUCAACUCACAGCUGUACCUAGUCUUCCAAGAUCCGCAGAAGUGGUUCAUCUAUCAGAUAACCGAAUAGUCAGAAUACCUCAUAAAUCAAUCACGAGACUAUCAAGAUUAUAUCAUCUUGUAUUAAGCGGAAACAAACUUCAAACUAUUGCUAAUGAUAUAUUCAAAGACUCCAUAAAGAUGAAGGUAUAUGUUUGA